AUGCUUCUACCUCCUCGAGCUCCUUUGAAAUCCUUUUCUCGAUUCGCUAGAUUGUCUCUCUCCUUUAGUUCCUGUGCUCGUUCCACCAAUCUUCACAACCCCGCCAUUAUGGACGGGCUGCGAGCCAAAAUGUCGGCUCUCACGCCUUUCGCAAAGAAGCACAAGGUCACCGUUAUAGGUUCAGGCAACUGGGGCUCCACCAUUGGAAAAAUGGUUGCUGAAAACACCGCCGAACAUCCUGAGCUUUUCGAGCGAGACGUCCAGAUGUGGGUGUAUGAAGAACAGGUCGAGGUGGACAAGAAGUCAAAAAUCUACGAUGAAUCCCACGAGUUAUGCAAAGGGUCACAGAAGCUCACCGCCGUCAUCAACACCUUCCACGAAAAUGUCAAAUACCUCCCAGAUAUCGCUCUACCACACAACCUCGUUGCCAAUCCUUCCCUCACAGACGCCGUCAAAAACUCCUCCAUUCUCAUCUUCAACCUUCCUCAUCAGUUCAUCAUCAAUCUUUGCAAACAAAUGCGUGGUCAUAUUCUCCCCUUUGCUCGAGGCAUUUCGUGUAUAAAAGGUGUCAAUGUGAAAGAGUCAUCCAUCAGCCUCUUCUCGGAGACCAUUGGAGAAGAGCUAGGAAUAUACUGUGGUGCUCUAUCAGGUGCAAAUAUCGCAAAGGAAAUCGCGGCAGAAAAGUUCUCCGAGACAACCAUCGCCUACGAUCCUCCGUUGGUAGAUUCUCAAGCACCGACUCCUGCUACAUCUCAGGGUCCAAGUCCCGCAUCGAGCCACGUGGAUUUGACGAAGCUCGCCCAUAAGGAUGCUUCUGGCAAGCCAUCCAAAGUCAUUCUCAAGCCCCUUCCUGCAGAGUACCAUCCAAUCGAUCAGGACACAAUCAAGAAGCUAUUUCACCGUCGAUACUUCCACGUCCGAGUCGUUUCAGACGUCGCUGGUGUAUCACUUGGUGGUGCCUUGAAGAACGUCGUUGCCGUGGCCGCAGGUUGGGUGGACGGUCUUGGCUGGGGUGACAACGCCAAAGCUGCAGUGAUGCGGGUUGGACUACUGGAAAUGAGAGAGUUCGGUAACAGAUUCUUCCCUCAUACGGUACAUCCAGACACAUUCACCGUUGAAUCUGCUGGGGUUGCAGACCUGAUCACGACUUGUUCCGGUGGACGAAAUCAUCGAUGUGCGAAAUUGAGUAUUAUGGAGGGCAAGUCGAUUGAGGAGAUUGAAGCCAGAGAACUCAAUGGUCAAAAGCUUCAAGGUGCCAUGACGGCUCACGAAGUGCAUACUUUCCUCAAGAGUCAAAAUGCCGAAAAAGACUUUCCACUCAUGACGGCUGUACACAACAUUUUGAUGGGUACGGAGAAGGCCGAAAACAUUCCUGAUCUCAUUGAACCGGAGGAUGAGUAA